AUGAUUAGUGAUUACAGUGCUUGGAAUAAUAAAUCUUGGAAUAAAAUUCUUAACAGAAAAACUGAAGUUUCUGAACCAGUAGAUCUUUCGGAUGAAAAUUAUGAAAUUGUUGCUGAAAUUUUGAAUGAAAAUCUGAACUCCACAGACGAAGAGGAAGAAGUAAGGGAUCAAGUUCAAGAUAGUGGACCUUCUCAUAUAGAAGCCUAUAGCUCUCUGGCAAACCUGGCAAAGUUGCCUUCUUUUGCUGAACCCAUACCAAAUGUUACUGCUGCAGUAGGAAGAGAAGCCGUUUUGCAAUGCACAAUUGAUGAUUUAGAUUCUUUUAAAGUUGCCUGGGUAAAAGUAGAUACUGAAACUUUACUAAGUUUCCACACUCAUGUUGUACCUAGAGACAGUCGCCUGAAGGUCACGAAUAGCAACAGUGAUCGGCAGUGGUUCCUACAUAUCAAAAACUUAAAUGUGUCUGACCGUGGAAUUUAUAUGUGCCAAAUUAACACAGAACCAAUGAUUAGCCAAGAAGGGUACUUGGAUGUCACUGUUCCGCCGUCCAUUGUUGAAGAUGAGACAAGUACAGAUUUAACAGUUGAUGAAAGGUCCAGAGUCAGCUUAAGGUGCAAGGCAUCAGGAUAUCCAACGCCAAGAGUUGUAUGGAGAAGAGAAGAUGGUAAAGAAAUUAAUCUCGGACCAAUGGGUGCCCAGAAGAGUAGCUCAGUGCUUCGAAUGGAAGGGGAAUUUUUAAAUUUAACUCAAGUUACAAGAGAAGAUAUGGGAGCUUAUUUAUGUAUUGCAUCAAAUGGUAUUCCACCAUCAGUCAGUAAAAGAAUUCUAUUACAAGUGAAUUUUCAACCAAAAAUUCGAGUUAGUAACCAAAUGGUAGGAGCAGCACUAGGCAGUGACGUUUUACUUGGAUGUCGUUUGGAAGCAUCCCCUCGUCCACUGACGUCAUGGAUAAGAAAUGAUGGAAUCAUACUUCUAAAUAACAAAAAAUAUGAAAUCUCAGAAGUUGCUGAAUCUUACAGGAUCCACAUGCAGUUAAAGAUUAAAAAUUUGGAUGAGAAAGAUUAUGGUCACUACAAGUGUGUUGCCAAGAAUACCUUAGGCGAUAAAGAAGGAUUCGUCAGAUUAAUAGAAAUAAGUCCCCCAACAAGUAGUCCCUUUUCAACUCAAUCCCAUGAAUUUUACGUCCCUAUUCAAAGAGGCUCCACUGCUACAUCCAGUGAGUCAAAUUUAAAGAAAGCUUACGGGAUACCAGCUCCUAACUCAUUAAGAGAUGAAUCUCAGAGUUUAUCAUCAGAUAAGCAAUUGAGACAAGGUAAAGAUGAAGGGACAUCAGAUCAUGAUCAGUCACACCGUAAGAUGUACCCAACACAAAGAAGCCCUACAGAUACAAGUAAUACGUGCCAAACACUAGCUUCUUCACUUACUACUUUGCUAGUUAUUAGCAUAGCAAUUUUACAGUUUGCUAAAUCGUCUAAUUGAAGAAAACCACGCAUGGUUUUUUCUUGCUCUUGCAGGAAAUGUAAAUGUACAGUUACUGCUGAUCUAUGCUUUAAAAAUGUUGUAAAAAUCGUGUAAGAUAUAACAAUGUUUAAAAUUAUGUAAAUUACGAUUGACGUGUAAGUAGCAAUACCUAAAUAACAAUAUUUUGGAAGGUGAGGUAUUGAUAUGCCGUAUAGAAAGUUUUGAAUAAUGAAGGAAAAUGUUGCUUGGAAAUAAUUAUAAUUUUAUUUCCUUUUUAACUUCCCCUCCAUGAAAUAUUUCACGUUUUUUUUUUUGCUUUCCUUUACGUUAUUUAUUUUUACAUUUCAAGAAACAUAAUUUGAAAUUCUCUGUUUAUAUUUAUGUGUCUAAUAUAUUUUUCUAUACGUUUGAAAGUAUAUCUGAAUACUUUUCUGAAGAAAAGUAAAGUAGUGCAUUUCAUUUUCGUAUUAAACAUCUAAAUUAAUUAGAGCAGCUGAAAUACACUUAGUUACUUUAAAAAGUUAAAUUUUCAUUCAUAAUUUAAAAAUUUUAAUAUUAAAUAAAUAUGGUA